AGAGGCGGGCCUCACCUUUGAACCACUUCCGGUUAAGCGCAUGCCUCCUCUUCGAAUUAGCUAGCUAACUGGCUAACAUAUCUUCGUAUAUUUAUAGGCAACAUUAGGAGUUCAUACAACGGUUUGGUUCCGUAAUUUAAUUUCUGAUCACCUGAACGUGUGACUUGCGUAGACAACAUGAAUAUUCGCAACGCAAGACCGGAAGACCUUAUGAACAUGCAGCAUUGCAACCUGCUGUGUCUCCCAGAGAACUACCAGAUGAAGUACUACUUCUACCAUGGAUUGUCCUGGCCCCAGCUUUCAUACAUCGCAGAGGAUGAGAAUGGCAAAAUAGUGGGAUAUGUUCUGGCCAAGAUGGAGGAGGAUCCAGAUGAUGUUCCCCAUGGUCACAUUACUUCGCUGGCAGUCAAGCGCUCCCACAGACGUUUGGGUCUGGCUCAAAAGCUGAUGGACCAAGCCAGCCGAGCAAUGAUUGAAAACUUCAAUGCCAAAUAUGUCUCACUUCAUGUCCGGAAAAGCAGUAACCGAGCGGCCUUGCACCUGUACUCAAACACACUGAAAUUCCAGAUUAGUGAAAUAGAGCCCAAGUACUAUGCAGAUGGGGAGGAUGCCUACGCCAUGAAGAGAGAUCUAGCCCACAUGGCUGAUGAGGUCCCACAGUUGAGAAAGCAUGGAGUAAAGGCACUGGGUCAGGAUGCUCCCACUGCUACGACCCCAACGGGUGACCAGGAGAAGGAGGUGGGGGACAGUGGCGGAGACAGCAAAGAGUUGAGCGAAGUCAGUGAGGCCACAGAGAGUACAGACGUCAAAGAUUCAUCCUCCGAUUCACAAUGACUGCCACUUUGAUAGCCUUUUUUUUUUUUUUUUUUUUGCCACCGGAGUCGCAUAACUACACUUUUUGUCAUGCCGGGAAAUAGGAAAAACUGCUGUGCACCGCGUGACGGAUGAUGAUGGUGGUGGUCGUCUGUUACUCAUCCCUUUAGAGCGUGUGGACAGGAAAAAAGUUUUUCCAGAACUUUCUUUGCGUUAGUGACGAAUGAAGCAACAGAGAAUUUAGUUGAAACGGGAAUAUUUUUGGAAUUGGUUUUGUGGUCAAGUUCACAACUGACUCCUGACGUGAUGUUGUCACCACCAAAUACCACUGUUGCCACUAACCCAUGAAAUAAUAACAUGUGUUUUGGGAUGUGACAAUUUGUUCUGUUGAGUAUUUUUUCAAAAAUACUUACAAAUAAAAAUUCUAACUAAUA